AUGAGCGGUAAAACCAUUUCUAUUGUUAUUCUCAGUAAGAAAGGCGGGGUGGGGCAGCUGGUGCCUAUCCUUUGGAGUGGGUUGGGGAGGACGCAAUGGCUAGCGGAUUUAUUUUGCUUGGCUUCGGGGCGGGCUUCCCAGUCCUCCAGUCCCGGCGGGCCCUGCUGGAUCUUGGAGAGCGCGCGGAGCAGCGGCAGGGGCCGCGGCCACUGCGUCAAGGGGCUGCGGGGCUGGGCAGUGCGGCGGCCAGCCCGGAGUCCCGGCUCCCUCCCCCCACCUCCCGCAGCACCCCUCCCCGCAGCCUGCGGGCGGCCGCAGCACUGGCGGGCCGGGCACGUGGGCGCCUCCGUCACUCCUUCACUCACACUCACUCACACCCGCGCUGCACUCGUGCUCUGUUCCUGGCCAAAACACAGGCGCUGGCUUGUCCCUCCGUGGCAGCUCGCAGGGCAGCGACCCUUCCACCCGCCCCCGGGAGCCGCCCUUGGCAGGCAGCUGCUUCUCUCCAGCCCGCUCCUUCAAGGCCUCCAUCAGAGCCACCUGGACUCGACCCGCUUGCAGCAGCUACUCCUGUCAGACGCGAGUCGCCCAGAGGAGCGGGUCAGGCAGGCCAACGUGCCCGGAACGACCACCGCAGGCUGUGUGUUUUCACGUGACCCCAAUUCCCUUUUGCGGGAGCCAUCCUGCGAUAAAUGUUUCUAUAGUGGCCCCUCUCUGCUCGAGGCACGUGGCUGCAGAAGAAAGCACAGCCCGUGCGUCCCUGCGCAUCCAGGAAUUUGGGAGAGUGGCGGCGAGGGUGGUGUUACACGGAUUUUAAAGAGACGAUAUUACCUGCAAAAUAUUGGAGAUGCAGAUCCAGGAUCCGUAAGACUUUACACCUUGAACCAAGCAUUUAUUUGAUAUACACUUCUAUCUUUUCUUCAU